AUGAAAUUGUCAGCUAGCCAAAUCACCACGGUGGUGGUACUGGGCAUUGCGCCCUUGGCUAUUGCCCAUGGCGCUCACGAAGCCGGCGCCGACGCCAUGGAGAUGGACAUGGGCAUGGCACAAGGCGCAGACGAGUCAAAAGCCGAAUCCAAAAGCUAUCCUCCAACAUACUUUGCGCUCGCCGACCAUGCCGGAAUAAUGUACGCACACAUUGGACUUAUGGUGCUCGCCUGGGUAUUUGUUCUGCCAAUUGCUGUGAUGCUUUCCAUUGCUCGCUCUAGAUAUACACUUGCGCUGCAAUUUGUUUUCAUGGCCGUCAAUGCGCUUGGAGUUCUCCUGGGAACAAUCUACAAUGCCAGCACGCCUGAUCUCUACCCCAACAAUGCGCACCACAAACUGGGCUGGCUGGUGACUUGGGUUCUCUUGGCGCAGGUCCUGAUCGGCCUUGUUGGAAGAGUUGCUGGCGCUUUGAGGCACGACAGGCGCGGAACAUCCGACAGUAACCAAUACCAGUCAUUCAUUCCAGUAACUGCGGCUGCUAUGGCAGAGCACCACCGCGUUAACAGCUCUCGAUAUGCUAGCGAGUAUCGCCUGUCCAACGACAGCGGGCAGGGCACCGAGCCUUGUACCGAAUCGCUCCGGAGUCAUUCCCGCUCCUCAUCGUCCAAUGAGGUGUCCCCGCGCAACUCCGACGCCUACCUAAAGGAGUACGCCGAAGAAGAGGACGAUAUUGAAGAUGGCCUUCCCAUGCCCAUGCCGAGUAACAGGGACGAGAACACCAGUGCCAACCCCAGGUCGACGAUUGCAAGAGUAGCGGGGAAGAUUCCUUCGCGCGUGUUGAAGGGCUUGGUCUUUUUCUACAACUCAAUCGAUAGACUUAUCUUGCCGCUGGGGUUUGUCACCUUGUGCCUAGGUAUUGUGACCUACGGGCGGUUCUUUGAGGGCAACGGCAUCUUCAGCGGUUUGGCGCAUUGGGUCAAGGGCGGCAUUUUCUGUUGGCUUGGCUUGUUGACCCUUGGUCGAUGGACCGGCAGCUUUGGUGAACUCGGAUGGGCGUGGAAUGUUCGGCCGAAGCGUGCCGACGGCAAGUGGCGGCCCUCGGCCGAGUUUGUCGAGAGCGCCCUCAUUUUCGUCUACGGAUCGACCAACAUUUUCCUCGAGCAUCUUGGAAACUGGGGAGGAGAAUACAGCGCGCAGGAUUUGGAGCACAUCUCAAUCACUGUUCUCUUCAUUGGUGGUGGACUGGUUGGCAUGCUUAUCGAAUCUAGUUGGGUUCGAGAGCUCUUGAACACAUCAGUCAUCAACGCUGCUUCUGAGCACUACCGCGACGAGGAAGAGCAGAAGAAGGACCUACAACCGCCAAAGCAAUAUGAGUUCUCCAUUAACCCCAUCCCAGCACUCGUCAUCCUUCUCCUGGGCAUUAUGAUGAGCUCGCACACGCAGCACUCUAUGGUUUCGAGCAUGAUUCACAAGCAGUGGGGUAACCUCCUCACCGGCGCCUCUUUUGCUCGUGGGUUCUCGUAUGUCAUCAUGUACCUGAAGCCCCCAAAGUCCAUUCUCCCGUCUCGACCACCCACGGAGCUCCUUGCCUCAUUUGGCCUGAUUUCUGGUGGGAUCAUCUUCAUGGCGAGCGCUAGCGACACAGUCGAAGGCAUGGAGCACUACAAUCUGGAUGCCAUGUUCAUGUACACCGUGACCAUGGGUCUUGUAGGCGUCUUGAUGGCCUGGGUCAUCAUUGUGUUGGCCAUCAAAGGCUGGGCUGUGCGCAAGGAGGCCGGCCGCCGGUCGUAUCGGCUGCCCUGA